AUGUGGCUGUCGGCGGCCCGGCGCUGGCGCGGGCGCGGGCGCGGGGCGGGCGCGGCGGGGGCCGAGUCGGACGAGGACGCGGGCGUCGGGGCGGCGGCGGGGGUGUGCAAGCGCGGCUACCUGCGCAAGGCGAACAGCGGCGCGCGGCGCUACUUCGUGCUGCGCCUGGCGGCGCCCGACGGCCCGGCGCGCCUCGAGUGCUACGACAGCGCCCGCACGUUCCGGCGCAGCGCGGGGCCGGCGGGGCCGCGGCCGCGGCGCGUCGUGGCGCUGCCGCAGUGCUUCUCGGUCAGCCGCCGCGCCGGCGCCCGCCACCCGCACGUCGUGGCGCUCUGCACGCCCGACCGCUGCCUGGCGCUCGCCGCGCCCGACGAGGCCGAGCAGCGCAGCUGGUACCGCCUGCUCAGCCGCCUCAUCCUCGACGGCCGGCGCGGCGCCGACGCGGACGCGGACGGGGACGGGGACGGGGACGACGACGCGGGCGCCCUGCCCGCGCGGCCCGCCGCCGGGCCGCCCGGCCUGUACCGCGACGUGUGGCCGGUGGUGGUGCGGCGGCGCGGGCUGGGCCGGCGGCGGGAGCUGCGCGGCGCCUUCCGCCUGUGCCUGACGGACCAGGAGGCGCUGUUCGUGCGGCUGCACAGCGAGCGCGCCAGCGUGGUGCUGCAGCUGCUCAGCAUCCGCCGCUGCGGCCACUCGGAGCGCUGCUUCUUCCUCGAGGUGGGCCGCGCCGCGGCCAUCGGGCCGGGCGAGCUGUGGCUGCAGGUGGACGACUGCGCGGCGGCCCGCCGCAUGCACGAGCUCUUCCUGCAGAAGAUGCGCGCGCUCUGCGCCCACGACUACCGCGCCCGCUGCCGCGCCGCCCCGCCGGGCCUCGGCGCCCACCUGCUCGCCCUGCUGGCCGCGCGCUGGCCCCGGCCGCGCCGCUCCGACGAGCCCGGCGGCUGGUGGCGCCGGGGCCCCCGCGCGCCCCCCGCGCACGCCGAGCCCGCCGCGCGCCCCGCCCCGCAGCCCCCGGAGCCCGCGCCCCACCCGCUGCCGGCCCGCCGCGCGGCGUCCGUGCCCGCCGGCCGAACCCGCCGCUGCGCCGCCGAUCCGGACCCGCCGGAGCCACCCGCCGCCGCUCCCGGGGCCCGAGCUCGCCCCGCGUCCGGCCGCUCGGGGGCCACUCCCGGCCGCCCUCGGGGAGGACGAGAAACUCCUCGCCGGGACGAGCGGGACGACGACGAAGGAGACUACGUGCUCAUGAGUUCCUGGGGCGCGGACGGCGGCCAGAGUUCGGGCACAAAGCGCUUCUCGCCCGUGGCACGCCAAGCGGGACCGAGCGAUGGCUCAAGCCGCGGCCCCGGCCCCAGAGAGAGCCCGGGCUCCGCGGGCGGGAAAAAGGACGGAUGGGGCAGAGUCUUCAGAAGCGGCAAAGGCUCCGGCGGCAGCGGCGAGCAGGGCAAACCUCAGAAGAAAAGAUCCUACUUCAGCCGAUUCACCGCCAGCAAGCCCCAGCCACCGCCACCGCCACCGCCACCCCCUCCCCCGGUGCCACCUCUGCCGGCCGGCAGAGCUCCUGGCGGGAAAGGCAAGUCUGCGGGAAGAUUCCGACUUUCUUUUUCUGCAAACCGCGGGGCCCCCAAAGCACAGAAAGAGGCUAAAGUGGAAAGCGCCCCAGAAGCUACAGCGCGGGGUCCUCCCAGAGUCAGGGCUGUAGACCCGGAGGAGGACGAUCCCUACGUCCCAAUGAGGCCCGCGAGGGCAGCCUCUCUUGACAGCACCAGCGACUACAUGGCAAUGGCCCCCCAACACCCCUCGGCCUCAAAACCGCGCUCUUCUCGCUGGCUCUCUGAAGAUUCGAAGGGGUACAUGAUGAUGUUUCCCAGGCCGAGCCCACCAGCGGCCCCCCGGCCCCCCAGAGCGCCUGAGCCUGAGAAGGAGGAUGAGUCCAGGGACAAUGACAGUGACAGCGACUAUAUGUUCAUGGCUCCUGGAGCUGCAGCCGGAGCCAUUCCCGAGCCCUUCCCGAGCCCUCAGGGAGGCGCGUCCCUCAACAGGUGGAAUUUCUGCGCUCCUCCACCACAUCCUUCGCGCAGCUCCCCUGGAGGCCGGCUGGACCACAGUGAGUACGUGCCGAUGUCAAGGGGCAAGAUCAUCGGGGAAGGUCUGAGCACGGAAGGCGCUUCUGGCAGGGGCAGCCCCCAACACAGAGUCUCAGAUCCUUUCGCGGAGGGGGCCUUCUCCAGGUCUGGACAUGAUAGUGGACACGAUCUCGUUGAGACCCCCGCCCAGCCCAACGGGAAGAGACCGAGCCGGCUUCUUUUCAUGACCAAGGGCCGUCAAGCGCAGCCCCAGUCGCCGGAGCCCACACAGGACCAGAGAGAAAGGGAUCGCGCUUCGGUCUCUGUCGACCUCGACUGUCCCGAAAGCGCUCGCUACUCGCCCGCCCCCUUUGCUCCGGGCCCGCCGCCCUCUCGGGGCCUCCUGGCCGAGCCCAGCCAGAUCGCCUUUUCUCACUCUGUGAACGUGCAGUUCCGAGUGCCCUUCCUGAGCCUCGCCAACCUCUCCCACCUCUUAAGAGCCAUUUUGGGUGGCGACCUCUUCAGCCUGGACCCCGCCAGCUGGCCGCUUCUCCCCGGUGCCACAGGUGGCACUGUCAACGUGGAAGUUCUGUUCAACUCGGCCAUGACGCCGCCCGUGCCUUUUGCUGACAGCGCUCUGCGCUACGACCCUGAAACGGGCCGCAUCUACGUGGUCGACCCGUUUUCCGAGUGUUGCAUGGGCAUCUCCCUGUGCCCGAACCGCCGCUCCGAGCCGCCCCCGGCACCGCGGCUGCGGCCCGAGGAAGACCCAGAGACGAGAGGCCCGCCCCGUCGCUCGCCCGGUGCCUCGGCGUCCGCGAGAGUCGCCGGCCCAAGCGACGGCCUGUCCGCACACCCCUCGGCGGAGCCGUGGGCGCUAGUCGUGGGCCCCGCCUUAGCCGCGGCCUCGGCGCUGGCAGCUGCCCCGCACUUGGGCGCCGCAGCUGCGGGCGUGGAGGUGGCCGCUGCCUUGGACUCCGCCUCCGUUCGCUGCGUCCCACUUGUUGCUAACGCGGUGGGUCCCGCGAGACGGGCCCCAGGAAUCCCCCCGGGCCCACCCCGCAGAGCCCCCGACCCCUUCGCAGCCCCUGCCAGAGGUGACAAUGGGCCCCCCAGGGCGGCUGCCGCAGCUGCAGCUCCAUCGGUACCGCCUCCCCGCCGCCGGCUGCCCAGACCCCCGGAGCGAGACGAUUCUGACGACGACAAUACCUACGUGAGAAUGGACUUCGGCAGAGCUGACCACAAGGACUUCGGCGCUCCCUAAAGAGGCUGGUGA